AUGGCUGUCCGGAGCGAGAAUAAGCCGCUGCGCGUUGCGAUUUGUGGCGGUGGCCCAGCUGGACUCGGAGCCGCUAUUGCGCUGUCGAAGUUGCCGGAUAUCCAGAUCUCUGUCUUCGAACAGGCCAGAGAGCUGAGGGAAAUCGGCGCGGGGAUUCGCAUUGGUUAUAAUUGCUGGAGAGUGCUGGAGUUGUUGGGUGCGGCUGAUGGGGUCAAGGGACAUCAUAAGGUGUCGGUGGUUCAUCGUAGAAACGCCCUUACCGGAGAAGUCGUCGGAAGUGCCGGCCCUUCCAAAGUCCCUCUGAAGUACCAUCCCCGCCGGGUGCGAAGGACUCGGCUCCAGAAAGCUCUGAUCUCCAAAGUGCCUCCUGGCAUCAUCAAGCUCAACAAGCAUGUUUCCUCAAUUGAGGAUCUGGGACAGGAUGGUGUGCGUAUCGUGUUCCGUGACGGCACGGAGACCACUGCCGAUCUGGUCGUCGGUGCGGAUGGUAUUCGAUCGACUAUUCGGGACAGCAUAUUCCCGGAGCACAAGAUCAAGUUCACAGGCACCACCAUCUUCCGCGUCUUGAUCCCGCAGCACACGAUCGCCCACAUCCCCGACCUGACGGCCGCAACCCAGUGGUGGCAUGGCCCUGCAGGACACGUGUAUCACUCGCUGGUCGAUGAUCCAAGCGAGGUUCCCGAGCAGGAAAGGCUGUUCGAGAUCGCAGCUCGGACCGUCGUCGAUCCCGAGACAGACGCGGGCCCGAAGUUCAGCUGGGGCAUUCCUGCUACCAACGAAAAAGUCGAGUCACAAUUCAAGGACUAUGACCCAAGAAUACGAGAAAUGCUGGCCCAGGUGCCCGAAGGACAGUGGAAAGAGUUCUCAGCAUUUGCCGGUCCGAGACUGGAAACGCUAACGGGCUGGGAUAAAGUUGUCCUGCUAGGCGACGCGAGUCAUCCUCUUUCGGGUGCUUUCGGGUCCGGCGCUGCGUUCGCGCUCGAGGAUGGCUGGAUCCUCGCUCGAGCAAUCGAACACGCUCGCGCUGCUGGACAACCGCUUGCGACAGCGCUGGAGAUUUUCGACGCAAUUAGAUCCCCAUAUUAUCUGAAAAUGUAUCAGCAUCUCGACGACCAGAAGCGUAAAAUGGAGGAGGCGAAAGCCGCCAACCCAGACGCCACUUUCACCUCAUCAUUGAAAGAGAGGGUGUAUGCGUUCGGUAACGAAGAGUCGCUGCCGUGGGUAUACUACAACAACAUCGAGGACGUGUGGCAGUCAUUCCUGAAAGGUCAGAUCAAGUCGUCGUCGUUAUCGAGCAGUGUUCCACAGGUUGUCGCGUCGCUGUAG